AUGGACCUCAAUGAUGUUCACAUUCUGCAGAGAAGGCCACUGAUGGGCAGGGCCGGUGUUUUCGUCACGGGCAUCGCCAACUCGGCCACAAACGCUGCUUCCAACGGAGAUGGUCUGCCAAAUCUCAACCUCAGUAAUGGCACGUGCUAUUCCGCGCCCGGCAAGCAAAUGGACAGCCGCUUUAUUCCCUGUGGCAACGCCGCCGCCGGGAUCCAGACCUGCUGCUGGGAGGGCGACAACUGUCUGUCUGACAAAGCCUGCUUCGGCAUCCACGACGGCGGCUACAGCACGUACUUGGCCGGCUGCACCGACGCCGAAUGGGACAUGAGCGAUCCUGGUGUCAGCGCUGCUUGUCCCGUCAAGCCAGACCCGUACGGCUCAGAGCCGUGGGUUGGUCUGGCCUACUGUGGCAACAACGACACCGGACACGAGCAGUGGAUCCCGUGCCCGCAGGCCGACUCGCCGACGACGAUGCGGUCCCCGGGCCCCUGCGUAUGCCCAACGAUUACACAGCAGCGCAUUGUGGCCUUUACAGACGGACCCACGCUGGGGUCCUAUGCCAGCCUGCCGACGAGUCCCGGUGGGAGCAUUAUGUGGUUCCCGCCGUACUCGCCGACGUACGCAGUGACGGCGACGGAUGCGUUGGGGGGGAAGGGAGGAUCAUCGUCAUCAGGCGGGCCACCAAAAUCAACAUCCAGCACGCCUAUGCAUAAAACAUCUUCUACACCGUCCACGUCGCCGUCCACGACACCAUCCACGUUAUCAUCCACAUCUCCCUUAAAGUCAACAUCGACAUCACCUUUGAAAACAACAUCGAUAUCACCAUCCACAUCACCAUCCACAUCACCACCCACAUCACCACACACGCCACCACCCACGCCACCACCCACGCCACCAUCCACAUCAUCGCCCACGUCACCCUCCCCAUCACCAUCCACAUCAUCCACCAAGAACACAUCCUUAAUCGUUGGUGUCAGUGUGGGCGUCGUUGCAUUUGUGGUUUUGGCUCUCUUGGGCGCAUUUUACUUUCUCAAGAAGGCCAGGUGGUGGCGGCAACGGGGAGCAGCAGACCAGCUCGAAGGGGCGGUUGGCGGCAACGGGGGACCGGCCGGGUUUGGUGGCGGUUAUAUGGAUGGAAAGCCGACAACUGGCGCCGACUUCAAAACGAUGGGGGCAUCGACUUUUCCGGAUACGUACAUGUCCAUUGCGGUUCCGGAGUUGGAGAACCGGCCGGCAAGACCUUGGUCUCUGCGGUCAGAGCUUGACGGUGCAACUGCUACCGCUACCGCACCGACUGCCAACAAGAACGAUACCCGGACCAGCAUUGGCACAUUGCUGUCUUCACCGCCGGCCUCUCCUCCGCUGAUGGGAGAUUUGUACGAGAGUUCGACGGUAAGCAGCCUACACGGCCAACUAACGGGACAAACAACAGGGCAGACUGCAGCCAACGGUUGGAACAGAGGCAGCCAACAUCCAGGAGCGCCGACUGUUGCGACACUUGUGGAGCUGGAAGGGUAA